CGGCCUUUUCCAGUGUAAAAGUUUCCUUUCUGCUGUGACAAGAGUAACUGACAACCAAUUUCCCCAUUGCUUGUUAGUGUGCCCUACGCCGUUAUACUGCGCUUGCCCAAAAUGUGGUUCCCGAGCACAACUUGGUUGCUGCCUUUGGCCCUUGCAGGAUGUGUCCAGGCACUUCCCAAAGGUGCUAAAAUAGGCACUACUGCGUCACACGUCAGGAAAGAUGGGAUCACUUAUAACGUCUUCGAACAUGCUGCGACAGGUGUCAGAGUGGAAUAUGUGAAUAACUCCGGCAUUUGCGAGACCACUAAAGGUGUCAACCAGUAUAGUGGCUACUUAAGUGUAGGAGAGAACAUGAACAUGUUCUUUUGGUUCUUCGAGAGCCGCAACAACCCAGAGAAAGCCCCUCUUUCUACCUGGUUCAACGGUGGCCCUGGUUGUUCCUCCUUGAUCGGACUGUUCCAGGAGAAUGGACCCUGCCACUUUGCCAAUGGCGAGCAGACCCCGUCCUUGAAUGAACAUAGCUGGAACAACUUCGCCAACAUGCUGUACAUUGACCAACCUAUCGGAGUAGGCUUUUCGUAUGGAGACAACGACGUUGAUAGCACAGGUACUGCCGCGCCCUAUGUGUGGAAGCUCAUCCAGGCCUUCUAUGAUCAUUUCCCACAAUACGAGAGCCGCGACUUUGGCCUUUUCACCGAGUCAUACGGUGGCCACUAUGGCCCCGGUUUCGCAUCCUACAUCCUGGAGCAGAACAAGGCUAUUGAAGAUGGCAGUGUGAAAGGUGAAAAAAUCAACUUGGUAGCCCUAGGAAUAAAUAAUGGCAUGUACGACCUCGAGUUGCAGGAGAAGGCUUACAUCACAUUUGCAUACAACAAUACCUACAAGCAGCUUAUCGACGAAUCGCAAAACGACAAGCUCCUGAACUUUUACGAGUCAAAGUGCCUUCCAGCUGUUCAACAGUGCCAGAAAUCCAAAACGGACCAAGACUGCCAAAACGCUAGUUCAGUAUGCGGAGACGGGAUCGAAAACGAGAUCAUUAACUCAGGUGUUGAUUUUGACGUCUACGAUGUGCGAGCACCGUCGAAUGAUCCCAACCCACCUUCGACAUUUUUGGACUACCUCACAAAAUCAGACGUGAAGAAGGCAAUUGGUGCGAGGUCAGAUUUCCAACAGUGCGCGAAUCUGCCUGGUGCGAAGUUUGGUAGAACUGGAGACAUUGCCCGCUCGACCCUGCCACAGCUGUCCGAGGUCGUUAAGGCUGGAGUCAACGUCCUUGUUUGGGCCGGAACAGCCGAUUGGAUCUGCAACGUUGAUGGAAGUAUCGCUGUGGCAAAUGCAGUCGACUUCUCUGGCCACGAUGAAUUCAAGGGCAAGGCCCUAGGUGCCUACAAGGUCAACGGGAAGGAGACUGGGCAGUACAAGUCCGUAGACAACUUCCAUCUCCUGACUGUAUACGAUGCUGGACACGAGGUUCCCUACUACCAGCCGGAAACCGCCCUUCAAGCCUUUACACAAAUCCUGCAGAAGAAGCCCCUUUCUUCGACAUAAGUUCCACGAAAGCAUUCGGUCUUAUAUCACUUUCUGGAAAGCUGAUAAUAGCAGGAAUUGGAAUGAAUGUAAAAUUGGGUCGAAGAAGGACAUCAUACCAGAUCGCACAAUUAUAACGUUAUCAAGAAUAUUACCUCCCCAACUACUACGCAUGGAUCUGGACCUGCCGCUGCAGAGAGUGAGUGGGCUGUAAAGACCCCUUAUACUUCUGCUGAAGUGCAAAACUAGAUGCAGUAUAUAGAGUAACUUGUCCAUCGCAAUUUUGAAAGCUCCCCAAACGAAGCACCCCCGUCAGCU